CUUUAAUCGAUAGCACAAGACUAGUAUAAACGCUCCAGAGUACUUUCUUCCUUGACAACUGGGAUGAGCUCCCAUGUUUGAGUAGUUACAUCCGAUCGCCCGCUGUGAUAAAAUUCAACAUAUGAGUUUACCAAUAGGUAGGGAAAAAGAGGCAAUGAGGUGACUUCCAACAUGAUCCGACCAAAAUUCAUCGUCCGAGUUGUAUGGGAACGGUUCCCGCGGCUCCCGAUCAAGGCAUCCAACUAACUCACCUAAGAAGCUUCAAUGACUAACAUGGGUUCUCAGCAUCUACAUUACCACUCUAACGUGAUCCAUCUCAAAUCGCAGAAGAAACGAAAAUCCCGAAACCUCGAAAUUUUGUAAAGUGAUGAGUGCCAAGACACGCGUCAAAUCAACUGUUGAACGGAGCAACAUGCCCGCUGACGCACUCAGCAUCCUACUGUCAAGCACGGGGGCUUCACUUGCAUUGGAUCUGUUCGUCCACCCCUUAGAUACGAUCAAGACUCGCAUCCAGUCUCGCGAAUAUGCGAAUUUUCAGAGAGCCAACGUAGGAACCAGCGUAUGGCGACAUCCAGCGAUAUUCCGCGGUCUUUACCAAGGCAUCGGGAGCGUAAUAGCUGCUUCAUUCCCCGCAGCGGGUGCCUUCUUCAUCACAUACGAAUACGCACAAUCCAGACUCAAAGUAUUACAUCAAAAGCUCGGAACUGAUGAAUCGAGUUCAGCUCAAUUUAUCUCCGACCUGUGCGCAGCUUCCGCUGCGGACCUCGCCGCUUGUGUGGUCUUCGCACCGGCCGAUGCAUUGAAGCACAACGCGCAGAUGAUCCAGUCGGCUCAACCGGACGCGUCAGGACGUGUAGCCAGGGCAAGGCCGGGUGGCAUAGCCCAGAAGGCGACAACGCUAGCUCUUCAAAAGUUUAUCAAUAGUCCGAGACAGCUCUGGAGCGGAUAUCCGGCUCUGGUGGCGCAUAGCCUCCCAUUAUCGGCGAUUCAAAUGCCUCUGUAUGAGGUUUUUAAACAUCACAUUACUGAUUAUAGAUUCGGGGCUCGGGAAAGGGCGUUGGAGACACCAAGAGAUUACGGAACGAAAAAAACCCAUAUGACCAUUGGGGAGGCUAGUACGACAGCCGCACUAAGUGCUGCGGUAGCAGGCGGGAUAGCUAGUGUCCUCACAGCGCCGAUGGACGUGGUCUGCACGCGGAUCAUGAUCGAUGCUGCCGACACAAACGCGCCUCAGAAGAAAAGGAUAGCUAAUGCUGCACGGGAGAUUAUACGGACAGAUGGCCUGAGGGGCUUGUUCCGAGGGUGUGCUAUCCACAGUUUCAUGCUGGCUGCGGGAUCCGGACUCUACUUUGGUCUCUACGAGGGCACUAAGUAUUGGCUAAAUUCUGACUCGAUGGAAAAUCAUUUGAUGUUAGAGUAGCAAGUACCGGAUAAUUUUGUAUGUAUAAUAAAUUAUAAGUAAACUCUCCUCUCC